AUGACCUCAAUACAAUCGCACACGUUAAUAAACGGACGUAAGGGUAAGUGACUAAUGAAAAUUAUUAAUACUUCUUUUUUACUAAGAAUCCAUUAUAAUAUUAUUAUAUUUUAAUAAUUUAACAGCACGAAUUUCGAAUAUGUCUAUAAACGGUCUUGUGUUUUUUUUCCUUCUAAAACGACAUAAAUUUGAAAGUACAUAUUAAUCAAGUUGUAAUUUUCCGAAUAUCCUACCUAAACAGAUAAUAAUAUGCCGUGUGCCCGCGAAAACAGGAUACACUGAAGAGUAGCUCAGUGCCCUCAGUAUUAUAUAUUUUAAUCCCACUAGUGGAACAUAAAUCAAUACACACGGUUUUUACUAUAUUGUACAGUGAGUGCUGAAUGUUAGGUAACUAACCUAUUGAGUUAACCCAGUUUUCGCGGACACAGUUUAAUAUAUAUUAAUAUAAAUGCAUACAUUGUUCAAUAUAAGUGUAUUAUUAUACAAUACAAUACAAUACAAUAUCUAUGUUAUAUUUUAUAUUUAAUUGUUUUGGCCUGAAUUUCAAAUAUUGCUUACAUUGCCCGCCUAUUAUUAACCAUAUAUGCUGCAUACUUACCUAUUGCUUUAUAUUACCUAUUUCAUGUGGUAGAAUAAAUAUUAACCUAUAAUCCUAUACUUUGUUUGUGUUACGACGGACAUAUUUUUAAACAUAAGGGUUAUUUAUUGUAUUAUUAUUGUUCAUUAUUUGAGUAUUAUACUUUUAAAAACAUUAAUCGUGCUCAAUAUAAUUUAUAGUGGUGUGUAGAUGUCUGAUAUUUGGUAGGUACCAAUUACCAUUUCGGUUUUUGAAAUCAAAAACCAUAAGUUGUUGAAAUUAAUAUAUAUCAGUUAAAGCCUUAUUUUUUGAAUGAAUUUUUAUAUUCCAGAGACAAUUGUAGACAAUUUUCCCUGGAAAUAUUGGGUUUGGAAAAAUUCCAAUAUAUAAUGUUUCAAUAUUUUCUUGUGCCGAUACUCACUACUAAUAAUUAAUUUUAUUAUUAGGUAAAGGUACCUAGGUACAAGUUAUUUAAUUAGUAGGUAAUAUUAUCAUUUCAAAUUUGUAAUAACAUUAACUACCUAGUUACCUAUAAAUGUCAUAUAAUCCUAAUAUAGCUGAUAUUAAAAAUAAAUAAAUAAAUAUUAAUAUGAGGUAUUUAUAUUUUUAUUAUUUUUUCCUGUUGGAAAUAAAAAAAAACUGUUGUAUGUGACAAAUUUAUAGGUACACGACAAGUUUACAUAAAAAAAACUCCCUACCUACUGUAAAGAUAAAUUAAAUAUUUAAAUUGUUAGCAACACAGUAUAUAAUUUACAUAAUAUGGUAAUCAUUUAUAUGACAUAACUAGUGACAUAAUCCAUUUGGAAUUAUUUUUGAAAAAAAUAAUAUAAGUACUUGGUUUCAUUAUUUUUUUUAGACUAUUUUGUACUAAGUGUACAUUAAUGUUUAUGAUAUGCUUAUAAUGAGGUACUUAUUGAAUUAAAAGUUAAUUAGUUUUAUACUUACAUCAGUAAUAAAAUACUAAUAAAAUUAUCAAAUGUAUUGAUAAAAUACAAUAAUUAUGUAACUAGAAUACUACAUAUCUAAAUAACUAAAAAUAUUAUCUGUAAAACUUGAGAUAAACUGUAUAAAUAUGUUGAAGUACUUUUGAUAUGAAUAAAAUACUUAUGUAAAUUUACAAUAAAAAAAAUCGUUCAGUUCUUUUCAGAAAAUUAAAUAAUUUGUUUGAAUUUAUCUUUUAUAAUAUAACUAAACAUUUGGAAUAAUAAAUGAAGAUGCUUAAAACUACAUAGACACCUAAUAUAGUUUUGGAAAUAUCAAUUAGGUAAGCCAUGAUUAUAUUAUACAUAUUAUUUAGUAAAAAGGUAGGUGCUAUAUAAUAAUAUUAGCUGGUUAAAUCUAAUAGAUUUUAAUAUUAAUCACGGUAGGUAAUUCUCAAAAAUAUUUUUAUUGUGAAAUUUAGAGCUCAUUGGGCACAAUCCACACAAAUUUAAACUAAAAGUAAAUAUUAUAAUAUUAAGUUUUAAUUUUAACCAAACGAGGCCCGAGGUAAAUUAAUUUGAGCUGUUUUUGUAUAUACUAAGGUGCCAUAAAAAAAAAAAAAAUUAUAUUUAAUAAAAUUAACAAUGUAGAACAAUUUUUUUGAUUAUAUUUUAAUAAUACAUAUUAAUUUAUAGUAUACUAACAAAUGCAUUAAUAAAGACAUUGGUUUUAACUUGAAAAUUGCCAAUAUGAGUUUUCAUGUAUUUUUUUGGGGAUCAUCAACUAUUUCUUUUGCUUUUAUUUUAUAAUGACUUAAUCUCUACAUCUAAAUGGUAUUUUGAGUGAUUAUUUGUGUUGUGAAUAUUUGUUUGUACUUUAAUUUGUUUGUACUUUAAAGUUCACUAGAACUAAAUUAUUUCACACAAUUACAAAAAAAAAUAUCACAAUAAUUUAACAUUUUUUUAAAUAUAUUCUAUAUUAUUUUAUUGGAUCAAUGUGUACCUUACAAUGUUCUAUAAAGUGUUUAUUAGCACUAACCGGUGGUCAUUUUUGUUGUAAACUGAUAUUUUAUCUAUAAUUGAGUGAGUGUUGGUUAGUACUAAACAAACAUGGGACAUUGUAAGGUCAGCCUUAGGGCCAUUUUAUCUAAAGAUAACUAAAUUGUAAAUAUUGGUUUUCGUACUUGUUUUAACACUUCUUGAAAUCAUUAACUGGGUAUAUUGAAAUGCUGUCUAAAUACUUACUGGGACUAUUUGCUUGUGCUUCAACUCAUUUUAAAAUGAUAUCAAUAAUCUUUCAAUUUUUUUUUCCUAUAUAACCAAAAAUAAUUGUAAUGAAUUAUUGUAUUUUUGUUUCUGUGUGCCUAUAUAUAUAUAUAUAAACAAUUGUAUUCAAAUGACCUUAUUCAUUUGAAAAAUAAUUUUAAUUUCUUCAACUCAUUAAUAUUAAAAAUGAAUUGUUACUAUACCCAAUUGCAAAUUGUAAUUUAUAAUAUAACCUUGUGCAUUAAAUCAUUUGAAUUAAUUUUAUUAUUUUUCACACAGAUAGACAUAUAUAAAACUAGAAUGGGUUGUGCAUAUCGAUAUACUUACCAUAAAUUAUUAAUAUUACUUUUCUAAUGAGUAAACUAUAAAAGAACAGAGUCCAGCUAAAAAAUAAAAACUGCUUAUUAUAAAUAAAUUACUUAUAACAUACUACUUAAAAUUUGUAUUUAUAUAGCUAUAUAAUUUUCUGUUUUAAUUUCUAAUAAAAGCAUUAGAUAGUACAUAUUGUGUUCUUUAAAAAGGGUAAUAUGUAUACACAAAUUUGAGCGUUGUCCUAUAGUAUGUUAAUACAUAAAAAUAUACUCAAAAUAUUUUUUAUUUCUUUAGAAUUUAAACUAAACAAUUUUAAAUCAAAAUUUAUCUGAGUCUUCUUCAUUUACGUACAAAAUGAAAUAUUAUAACUGUUUGAAAAAUAAUGUUAACUCGUAUAUAUAAAUUGUUCAUGAAUCAAUAAUUCAUUGUAUCUACUUAUUUUAAAAUAAUUUAAAUCAUCUAACUAUGUAAAUUUUAAAAAUCUAUUUGUUAUCAGAUUGUAUUUAUUAUUUUGUAUUAUUCUUAUACCUACAAUUGUAUAUAAUUUACAAGCUUGCAUAACUGUAUAAUGAUCUGCUAUAGAAGCAUUGGGUGCUUGUGUUCUUGUUUUUGACUAUUGUAUUGUGUAGGAACACCGAAUGUAAUGUCAACAGAUACGCAUUGGCUAAAGGGAGUAAUAGCUGUUGCAGUUGGUAUUGGAAUUACGGUUGGUUCAGUUGGGGUAAUUUUUAUAACUCGACUGCUAGAAAAACAAGAAAAACUAUUAUUAAAACAAGAAGUUGAUGACUUAAAUACUGCAUUACUAGAUCUUCAAGCAGAAUUUAAAUUAUUAAAGUAAAAUAAUAUUCAUAAUGUUCCCAAUGCGUUUUGAAUUUACCAUGAGUUAUUGAAAAAUUAAAUUAUGGUCCUUUUAGGAAAAACAUAACAAAAUCUAGAAAAACAUUAACCUUAUCUAGUAGUACAAGUGUAACUAGUGAAGCGAGUUUGUAUACAGCACUUGGAACCGACGACGAAUAUCACGACAUGUCAUCAGAAAAUGAAGAAUCUCAACAUUCAAACAUGCUCAAUGAGACGUAAAUAAUUUUAUUUUUAUAUUUUAUUCUUUGAAAAAAAAAAAAAAAAAAUGUUUAUAUUUAAUUUAAUCCAAAGUCAAGAUGGUGAUUCAUCUACAGACAAUUUUAGCAAACAUACUGGGCCUUCCAUACUAAGUGACGAUAUUUUUGAUCAAGUAGAUGAAUUAUUUGAGGGUUCUGAUGAAGAUAAACUUAAAGCAUAUGAAAUUUUGGUGAAUCUUAAUGAAGAAGUAAAUGCAUUAUUAGUAGUGUUGUUUUCAUUGCUAAUAAUAUUAAACUAAUUGACAUCUUAUCUUUAUUUGUUAUAGCGAACAGAUGAUAUUGAGGUAUUAUGGAGGUUGGCGAAAUCGUGUCAGUUUGUAUCCAAAUAUUAUACUGCAGCAAAAAAAAAUACAGAAAAGAGUAAAUCAGUUAUUGAUGAAGGUAAGAAACUUUCGUAAUACUUAAAACACAAAAUUGAUUGUUAUGUUCAACUUUCUUGUUUGUAGGAGUUAAGUGGGCAAAGCAUGCUUUAGAAAUGUACCCAGGAAAUUGCAAUGCACAUAAAUGGUUUGCUAUAUGCAGUGGAGCACGGGGUCAGUUAGGGUCUACUAAAGAAAAAAUUGAAGGUGGUUAUAUAUUUCAAAAUCAUAUAAAUGAAGCAAUAAAAAUCAAUAAUCGUGAUCCGACCUUAUAUUAUUUAAAAGGAAAACUUGAAUAUGAAGUAAUUAUUUAUUGAUUAUUUCAUUUGAAUUUUAAAUGUUUUAAUUAUUAAAUAAUUUUUAAGGUUGCCAUAUUGUCGUCUUUUGAUCGGCGUAUCGCCAGUUGGUUAUAUGAAGAAGUUCCUAAGGGUACGGUAGCCGAAGCUAUUGAACUGUUUUUAAAAUUUGAAAACGAAUCCCCGAUUCAAUUAAAAGACUGCCGUCUGCAUCUUGCCAAGUGUUAUAUAACAAAAAAUGAAUAUGAUACCGCUGUUCAUUGGUUGGAACAAGCAUUGAAGCUUCCUGUCAAAGAUUCUGAGGUCAGUAAAAUAUUAUCCAUCUAAUCUAAUAAUAAUUUGCAUUUUCAAAGACCACAAAAACCAUUUUUUUUUUUUUAGGACAAAGAAACUGAUGCUGAAGCCAAUCAACUUCUCAAGAAAUAUUUAAAAUAUAAAAAAGUUUAG